AUGGUCGCUCUGGCAGACUGGCACCUCAUCCUCUACCCGUUUGUUUUGUUCGUUGCACCCGCCUAUGUCCUGGGCCUACGAGAGGCUAAUCUGUUUGUUACCGACACACAUGACCUUCUGAGCAAUGUAUCUGCAGAAGUCUUCGAGGCUGAGCCUGUGGCACCUUUGAUUCCGAGAUCAACUCGGGGCGAAAGCGUCCAGUGCGGCGCUGGCUUCGGGUAUUGUGCGAAGUUGACAUUUUUCUUUCUUGGGGCUUACUGCUGCCUACAGAUAUCGGAGGUUGCUGUCCGACCGGUACUCUCUGUUGUCAAUAUGGAUUCUGCCUGCGACCUGGUUACACAUGCUGUCCGAACCAGCCUUGCCCGCCGAAUGAGGUGUGCUGUGAUGGAGGAUGCUAUCCGAAAGGAGGCCAAUGCUGUGACAACGGUCGCUACUGUAGUCCGGGGAACCACUGUGGAAAGAGCUGGUGGCAGAUAA